UCCGAGCGCUCCGAGGAGAAGCGCAGACCUGGCAGCAGCGUCCGUCGGCGCGCGCCACCCUCCUGCGCCCUCGCCCGCCAUGGGGCCGACUCGCAACUCCUAGGGCUCAGCCUCGGGCCAAGGGAAAUCAAAGAAGCAGCAAAGAGAAGCCAAGAUGAGUUUCCGCAAGGAGGAUGGCGUGAGCAGCCUGUGCCAAAAGGCACUGCACAUCAUCACCGAGCUGUGCUUCGCGGGCCAGGUGGAGUGGGACAAGUGCUCGGGCAUCUUUCCCGCCGACAGGGCCAGCCAGGGAGGAGGUGGCACAGAUGUUUCAGUCAGCCUGUUGGCAGUUGUCGUAAGCUUCUGUGGUCUAGCCUUGCUGGUUGUCUCUCUUUUCGUCUUCUGGAAGUUGUGCUGGCCAUGCUGGAAGAGCAAGCUUGUGGCUCCCAAUGUCAGUGCCCUCCCACAGAGCAUUUCAAGCGCUCCAACGGAAGUUUUUGAGGCUGAAGAGAAAAAAGAAGUUGAAGAAAAUGAGAAGCCAGCUCCCAAAGCUAUCGAGCCUGCAAUAAAAAUCAGCCACACUUCUCCUGAUAUCCCAGCAGAAGUACAGACGGCUUUAAAGGAACAUUUAAUUAAACACGCUCGUGUGCAAAGACAAACCACUGAGCCCACGUCUUCAUCCCGCCACAAUUCCUUCAGGAGACACCUACCAAGGCAAAUGAACGUCUCCAGUGUUGACUUUAGCAUGGGCACUGAGCCCGUCUUACAAAGAGGAGAAACAAGGACCAGCAUCGGGAGGAUAAAGCCAGAGCUCUACAAGCAGAAAUCAGUGGACUCCGAGGGCAACAGGAAAGACGAUGUGAAAACCUGUGGGAAACUUAACUUUACGCUCCAGUAUGAUUAUGAAAAUGAACUCCUAGUUGUUAAUAUUAUCAAAGCUUUAGAUCUCCCAGCUAAAGAUUUUACAGGAACUUCCGAUCCUUACGUGAAGAUCUAUCUUCUUCCAGACAGGAAAAAGAAAUUCCAGACGCGUGUCCACAGGAAGACCCUAAACCCUCUGUUUGAUGAGAUAUUUCAGUUUCCAGUGGCCUAUGAUCAGCUAAGCAACCGGAAACUACACUUUAGCGUAUAUGAUUUUGACAGAUUUUCCAGACACGACAUGAUUGGGGAAGUGAUUCUUGAUAACUUAUUUGAAGUCUCUGAUCUCUCCAGGGAAGCCACAGUAUGGAAAGACAUCCACUGUGCUACCACGGAAAGCAUAGACCUGGGGGAAAUCAUGUUUUCCCUUUGCUAUUUGCCAACCGCCGGGCGUAUGACUUUGACGGUGAUCAAAUGCAGAAAUCUGAAGGCCAUGGACAUUACUGGGUCAUCAGACCCUUAUGUCAAAGUGUCUUUGAUGUGUGAGGGCCGAAGACUUAAAAAACGAAAAACAACUACAAAGAAAAACACUCUCAACCCUGUGUACAAUGAAGCCAUCAUUUUUGACAUCCCUCCAGAGAAUGUGGACCAGGUCAGCCUGUGCAUUGCGGUCAUGGAUUAUGACAGGGUGGGACACAAUGAGGUCAUAGGUGUGUGUCGAACUGGACUAGACGCCGAGGGUCUUGGGCGAGACCACUGGAACGAAAUGCUGGCAUACCACCGGAAACCAAUCACACACUGGCACCCUUUGCUGGAGUUACCUGGCCGGGCAACCAGCUUUGAUAGUCAAGGAUCCUGUUCAUCUCCAAGGCCACCAUCCACACCAUAAAGCCUCCAGUAAGACCAUGUCACAGAAAGACCUAAAAUCAUGUGCUCAUUGAAUCAGACACACACACACAAACACGGAACAUUCGACUUCUUCACUUAAAAUAUACCCAUAAUAAGGAAUAACUUGAUGUAUAAUUUCUUUUUGUUUUACCUCUUGAUUUAUUUUUGUUUUUAACUUUGAGUAUAUCAAUACAUUUUACCUGAGUAUUAAUAGUCCUUAGUUACAUAAGGUGUCCUAUAUUUCAUGUCAUCUAUGAGCACAGUGUUUUAAUAUGUUUUAAUUCUUUGCUUAAGCAAAGAAAUAAGUAUUUGACAAGAGAAUCAACAUGUGUAAAAUUAAAUAUAGUUUAUGCCUGUGUUGGAUGAAAUAGUAAAAUGUGUCAUUUCCAACUGUACACACAGUUCUAUGUAAACUUUAGUGAACAUAUUUAAAUUAAUUCCACAGGUUCAACUCCUUCAAAUUCUAAUUAAUGUCACUUGUCUGAUAAUAGUUUUCCCUUCAUAAUCAGCAUUUUUGUCAUUGAGGUUCAUUCCUCAAACUUCUUUUUUGGGACACUCAGCUAAGCUACAAAAUGAAAAGUCAUUUUGAAUAUAAAUGUACAAAGUGACAUUGAGUAGCUGAUAAACAAGACUACCAGCUUAUAAUGUCUUACUGUCCACAUUAGUUCAGGCACCUGCUGUAAUGCUUAUUUGGUGGUUUUAAAACUACUAGUAGUCUUCACCUCAAGUGUAGUGUUGGUAUCCCUAAGUAGCUACAGUCAUAACUUUGUCUUUCAAGGGUCUUCAAUACUGUGGUGUGUCUGUUUCAUGACUUGGAGCUGUCAUGUGACUCCUAUGGUUUUGAUGGAUCACAGUUCACAGAAACCAAAGGUCUAGCCAAGUUCUCUGUGCCAUUGUCCUUAGACAGGCAGGUGAUGACUCCUCCAUCCUCUCAGGAGCUCAUCACGAGAGCUGGAGAGUCUCCAGGAAAGCUGGACUUGUUGCUCACCAAAACACUGUUUGUAAACAGUACAACUUUCACAUGUAAUAAAAACAAAUACAUUCCAAGCGACCAAACAUCCAGUCCUUUAAUAAAAAGCAUUGACCUUCAAAGAGAUUAAUGAUCAAACCAUUAGAAGUAAAAACUAUGCAAAUGUGUUUUUUUUUUUUACAAGAGAGAACUUUCUUUGAAAUCAGAUCAGCUUUUUAUUGUCUCAUUUUAAGACCCCAUUGGAAGGAAUCUAUAUGGAAUUUUUCUAACCUUACUUUUGAGGUGUGCAUAUUUAAAGUUUAUUCCACAAUAAGAUUUUUUAAAGGGAAGAAAAUUUAUAUUUGGAAUUUUAAAACAAGUUCAUUGGGAUGAGAACGUUUUUGACAAGUAAUGAAUUUUUAUAUUUGUAAAAAUCCCUUAUUUCAAAUAUUAGGACAGAUAUUUUAAAAGUCUUGAAAUUUCUCUCAUAAAGAUUCAGUUACUGUUAACCAGUAUAAGUAUGUCUCACAUUAAGAUUUUCAGUGUAAACUCAGUUCUGCCUAAAAUGCCUAUGUCAAGCUAAUGAAAAUAUACUACUAAACUUUUUCUCAUUAAAAAAAAAAAAUCUGUCUGAAAACACUUGACUAUCCCGUCAAGCCAAACAACAAACAACAAACCCUACUCAUUACAGAGAGACUCAAGAAGACAACUAAUCUGAAUGUCUUUGUUUUAUUGUAAAAUGCAAGCUGUUAAGAAAAAAUGUAUAAUCUUAGUGUGGUAACAUUUAGGGAAAUGUUUUAUCAGUAGAUAUAGCUGUGACAUUUCUUCAGUCAGGAAAGUAUGCAUUUUCACUCAAAACGAGAUCUUACAGACUUACCCCUUGUAAAAUUACAGCGUGUUUCCUAAAGAGAACAGGCUAAACCUUCCGAUGAACAAAAGGGAGCUGUCAGAUAACCAGAAUAUUUUAAAUAGGAAGCAAAUAGAUGAAAAUUAGAUUGGAAAAAAAUUAAAACCCAAAAUUAUACAAGAUUAAAGUCAUUUAUUUCUCAUGAUAAUUACAUCAAAGCAUUUGCUAAAUCUAUGAAAGAGAUUAAGGAGGGAAAAUUCACAACUUCCAGCUAAUAUGUGAGAGUUUUCUCUCAGAGUAAUAAACAAAUUCAUUAGAACAGUUCAUGCUGAGAAAAUACAUUCCUUAUGCAUCUUACGUAUCACCACUCUCCCCUCCUCCCAUUUUACCCAUCCACACACAGAAACUUCUCUCUGCUUGUGAGGUACUGUUAGUUUCUCAGUAUUUAAAAUAUGGUUCAGUGUUCCAGAUGCCCUCCACUAAACUUGUGGGAUGGGAUGUACUAAUGUAGGUCAAUGCAGCAUGAAGCUGUAAUUUAGGUAUACAAUAAACUCCUGAUUUCAGGGACACAUUCAGGGACUUACCAAUAUAUGCAUCUAGGAAAUAAGAUUCAGUGUUGCUUUGUGGGCAUAACAGCACAGUUGCUAAGUAUACUGGAUAUGAAAGACACCAGUAUGUGUCUAGUGCACAAUCAUUUUACAAAACCAGCAGUUGAUUCAUUUGGGGUUUUGAUAUGUUCCUCGUUGGUGUCCUACAUUUGAUUUUAGUCCAAAGUUCUGGGCAUGAUCACUGGCUUCCUGAAUCACUUUUCUCAACAAUUAUUGUUUUCUUUCUCAGGCUACCCUGUGUUGCUGAUACUUCCCAUGUAAAACUCACCAUAUUCAUACACACUCAGUUCAGGAACCAAUGUUAGGACAAAUGCCUGGGAAGUAGUGGGAGGAAGCACAGACCAUCGUGUACCUUCAUGUGGUUUUGUGGUGUGUGCACAUGCUAGUUACUACAGGGAGCUCACAAACGAUCGAUACUGACUCAGGGUUUAUAUUAGGGCAGAUGUAUUUGAACUAUUUGGUUGUGAUAUUUAAUUGAUAUUUACAACUACACUUGGUCUCCUGUAGUGUUUAUUCUUUUCAAAGUUUCCAGGCUCAAUUAAAAAAAAACUCUCCAUCUCUUGAAGCUUUCAUUUAAUCGUUACUUUGAAAGUAAAAAAAGUCAAAAUCCCAUGCCAACUCUACUAUCUAUAAAACAAAAAAUAAUUUACUCCAGAAUGAGAUGUCUGAGCAGCCAGGGAUUAUUGCAAUAAAGGAACAUAAAAUCAUAGCAUUGAACACAAAUCAAUUUCUUUCUACCUCUUCAAAAAGACCACUUGAUAUUAUUCUUGAGCAGAAUUUGUCUGAUUUUUAUCAUAACAGCUGUGAUAUUACCAACCAGUUUAAUUGCAAACAGUUAGAGAACUGGGUUGGCAUGGCCUCAAGAAACCAUUCGGCCUCUUCGUUAAACAUAAAGAAAAUGACACCUUAUGUCACAACUUGGUCUUGUAACAAUUACAGUUUUUCUGAGCUAACCUAGUUGGUUUCAAUGCUUGUGGUUUUUAAAAUAAAAGUGUACUGCUAUCAACAAGUAGAUUUUGUUCAAACCUGAAAAUAAAAUAAUUUAAAGAAACCACAUAGCUAAUGAAAAAGAUAUUAAAACAUAGCAAAUAAAGAUGUUGAGAAGUCAAAAAAAAAGGAACUCUUCGUAUAAAUAAAUAUCAAUAAAUUCUCAAAUAAUGUCCCAAAAGUCCAUGACUCAGCAUUCAAUUGUUACUCAGAGACAUGACUCAGGAUACAAUUUAUCUGAACCUGCCGUAAGGACCUAAUAUUUAGGAGAAAAUGAAUUUAAUAUUUUACACAGGAAAAAGAAUUAAAUAAAAUGGUAUUUCCAAAACUUUAUCUCCUAGGUAUUCUAUUAGCUAAGAAGAUCAAUAUUUAUCCAAUAAUCUGUCCAUUAAGAUUAAGGUAAUUACUUAUCAUCUACCAUUAACAGUUAAUCAAAAAGAUAUGCAUUUGAACAGUGGCAUUGUGUAUUUGAUCAAAAUGCAGUUAAAUCAUUAUUUUCCUUUCAUUAUGUCUAUCAUGUAACUAAAGAAGUUUGAUUUGGUAGCAUGAUAGUACUGUGCUAAAGAGAUAGAGAAAAACAUUCAGUUAAGGACCAAGGUAAGCCUUAAUGAUUUACUUAAUGAAAAUAUUUGAAUACUAAAAAAUAGUGACUGAAAAAUAGGUAAAAAAUGUUUAAGAGAAAUGAUAGUAUUUUGUAUGUCUGAGAUGAUUAAAUACAUUCCUCGAAGGGGGAACUAUUUAUAUAAAUCCUAUUUUUAUCUCUAUGGUAACAAGAAAAUGAGUUGCUCUUGAUAUAUUUAUAUGGAAAUGUUUUAAUCUCAAGCCAACAAUAAUUUUUUAUGCAGACCAUGAGACCCUUUCCAGAUAGUGAAACUAUGUCUGAUUUUAUCACAGAGGGUAGGAAUAACCUGUUGUCUUCUGACAUUCUGUUGAGUCACAUCUACUGUGCACAGAAUGCCCUACUUAUUGAAUAUAAGAUUGAGUUUUAAUUAUUCAAUAUCAUGAGGAUUUUGUUUCCUGAAAAUAAUUUACUGAUUAUUGUACUGAUGCAAUUUAUAGGUAUAAGUCAAAACUCACUAAGUUUUGAUGUUGCAAAGUUAAUGCAUGAAAUGGAUAGAUUCACUGAGGCUUUCCAUAUUGCUUCUUGUGUGCCUCAUCUGAACAUUAAGACAGGGAAUUCUAUCUUUCCAUGAUUUGCUGAAAACUUUGCACACCACAAAUAACUGCCACCACCACCACCCCACAGAUUAUAUAAAACAACAAAAUAAUCAUUCUCUAUAAAUACUUAUGUAAAUUAUCUCAUAGGCUUCAUUAAGACUUGCUGUUUUUCUUGUAAAGUCCUUUAAGCUUUGCAUUUAAAGAAUGCAGUAGUGCAAUGUGAGAGCUCACUGCGCAAAGGAGAAGCAGGCGAUACUCCAAUGUGUAAAAUACUUGCACUUGUAGCUCAUUCCUUAAACAAAGAGUACAACAUGCAGGUUGUCAGCCAUUAGCUGCUGUUAACACAACAGAGCAAUGACUGGGUUCACAUUCAAAUAUGGAGAAACCACAGAACGCUGUGAAUUCAGAACUAAGAUAAGUCAAACUAGAAAAGAACUGGCUCCCAACGUAAGUGUGGUGUUUCCUCGAACUCCCUUACAAGUCCAUGUGUACUGAUAGGAACUGCUAGUGUUCUUCUUCCCACAGAGCCUCAGGUGAUUUGAAUUCAUCAUAGCUCAUCUGUUCUGAAUACCUUUAAGUCAUUGUUCUUAAUGUAACACUUCAAGUGAAGUUUGUGAUUUAAUACUUAGCCAUUGUUUAAAACAGUAUCUUUGACUUCUACAUUAUAGAAGAGAAAUUGAAGUCUUGAAAUUUGUGUGUCUGACUUUUGUACAUGGUGACCAGUCAUUUGCGAACCUUGACAUCUUAUAUUACUUAGAGCAGAUGUUUCUGUAAACCCUCUGAAAGAUGUUAUACAUUGUAUUUUGGUAUUUUUACUGUGUCUUCUUUAGAGUGUAUGAACAUAUUUGUCAGGAUCAGAUGAAUUAUGUAACAAAGAAACCUCAAAGCUGUUAUGAAGGAUAGCUCAUAAUUACUUUUGUAAAAGAAAUGGAA